AUGAUGGAUUUUGACGAGCGAGUCCCCGUCGGAUCGAACAUGUAUUUGCCCAGUUGCACUUAUUAUGUGUCGGCGGGGGCUGAUUUCUCCGGUCUUCCCUCAUUUUUGUCCCAGACCCAGUCCACUCGCCCCAUGACAUACUCUUACUCCUCUAACCUGCCGCAGGUCCAGCCCGUCAGAGAGGUGACAUUCAGGGACUAUGCAGCCAUUGACCCGUCCGGUAAAUGGUCGCACCGGGGGAACUUGCCCCAGUGCUACCCCAGCGCAGAGGACAUGGUGCACCGGGACUGCCUGUCGGCGCAAAACGCCGUCGUAGGGGAUAUGUUCGGUAAAAACAGCCCCGCAGCCGCCGCUGCUGCCGCCGCGUACCACCACCACCACCACCACCACACGAGCGCCGGGUCCGCCGCGUCCAAUUUCUACGGGAACGUGGGCAGGAAUGGCGUGCUGCCACAAGCUUUCGAUCAGUUUUACGAGACGGCGUACGGGAACGCGUCGGAGAGCUCCUCCACGAACGGCUACUCAGGGGACAAAACGGCGACCAAGCAGCCCAGCUCCGCGCCGGAAGACGCGCCUUCAUGCCGGGACGCCGAAGAGAAGGAGACCCGGGAGGAGACGAGCAGCCCGGAGUUGUCUUCCGGCAACAAUGAGGAGAAAUCUAGCAGCAGCAAUGGACAGAGGACCCGCAAGAAGAGGUGCCCUUACUCCAAAUAUCAGAUCAGAGAACUUGAACGAGAAUUCUUUUUCAGUGUGUACAUAAACAAGGAGAAGCGCCUGCAACUGUCUCGGAUGCUCAACCUCACCGACCGACAAGUGAAAAUCUGGUUUCAGAAUCGCCGCAUGAAGGAGAAGAAACUGAACAGAGAUAGAUUACAGUAUUACACGUCCAACCCUCUGCUUUAG